CUGCAGCCAAUCAGCUAAGUGCAGAGAGCAGCCCUCCAAGGGGCUAUUACAGCCUCAGAGUUCACGAGGCAGCUGAGGAAGAGGAGGCCUGACACCCAGAGUGGGCACCAGCCAGCCAUGGCCACAGCUGAGACCGCCUUACCCUCCAUCAGCACACUGACUGCCCUGGGCCCCUUACCGGACACGCAGGAUGACUUCCUCAAGUGGUGGCGCUCUGAAGAGGCGCAGGACAUGGGCCCAGGUCCUCCAGACCCCACUGGGCCGCCUCUCUACGUGAAGUCUGAGGACCAGCCCGGGGAGGAGGAGGACGAUGAGAGGGACGCGGACGCCACCUGGGACCUGGAUCUCCUCCUCACCAACUUCUCGGGCCUGGAGCCGGGUGGCGUGCCCCGGACCUGCGCUCAGGCGCCCAGCGAGGCCACCGGGGCGCAAUACCCGCCGCUGUCUGAGACUCUGGGCACCUAUGCGGGCCGCCCGGGGCUGGUGGCUGGGCUCUUGGGUUCGGAGGAUCACUCGGGUUGGGUGCGUCCUGCUCCGCGAGCCCCGGUCCCCGACGCCUUCUUGGGCCCAGCCCUGGCUCCAGCCCCGGCCCCCGAGCCCAAGUCACUGCAGCUGCAGCCGGUAUACCCGGGGCCCGGCGCGGGCUCCUCCGGCGGCUACUUCCCGCGGACUGGGCUUUCCAUGCCUGCGGCGUCGGGCGCCCCCUACGGGCUCCUGUCCGGGUACCCUGCGGUGUACCAGGCGCCGCAGUACCAAGGGCACUUCCAGCUCUUCCGCGGGCUCCAGGCACCCGCUCCCGGUCCCGCCACGCCCCCUUCCUUCCUGAGUUGUCUGGGACCCGGGACCGUGGGCACUGGACUCGGGGGGACUGUAGGGGAUCCAGGUGCAAUAGCCGAAUCCGCGCCAUCCAAGCGCGGCCGACGUUCGUGGGCGCGCAAGAGGCAGGCAGCGCACACGUGCGCGCACCCGGGAUGUGGCAAGAGUUACACCAAGAGCUCCCACCUGAAGGCGCAUCUGCGCACACACACAGGGGAGAAGCCAUACGCCUGCACGUGGGAAGGCUGCGGCUGGAGGUUCGCGCGCUCGGACGAGCUGACCCGCCACUACCGGAAGCACACGGGGCAGCGCCCCUUCCGCUGCCAGCUCUGCCCACGUGCUUUUUCGCGCUCUGACCACCUGGCCUUGCACAUGAAGCGUCACCUUUGAGCCCUACCCUGGCACUUGGACCCUCCUGGGGACUGGAGAUGGGACAAGAGUGGAUCAACACCGGGUGGUUUUCCCAAGACCCUCACCUGGACUCCCAGUCCUACAGAUCCACCAAAUAUCAAACAUGGACCCAUAGACAGCUCUCAGGGAGCCUCCUACAGAAACGCUGACAAGUCCUCAGCCACAGGAAGCCACGCAGAGAUGUCCAAACUGUCAUGCAGACCCAGCGAGACAGAUUGCCAAAUAAACUCACUCAGUGGACACUCAGCUCAGCUCCCAGAUGGCCCUGGACAGCAGGAGGGGGUGUGGGGUGAGGCUCUCCAGAGACGCUGGUCUAGAAGGGGGCUCCUGAAGGCCCCUUAUGGUGGUCGACAUUAACCGUCAAUGGCUAUGGGUCCUAUAAAAAUGCCCCUCCCAGAUAAA